UGGAUUGGAGACGGCAUGGGUUCCUCGGGGGACGACGGCUAUCGCCUCCUAAAUGAGUAUGCCAACGGCUUCAUGGUGUCCCAGGUUCUCUUCGCCGCUUGCGAGCUGGGGGUGUUCGACCUUCUCGCCGAGGCCCCAGGGCCCCUGGACGUGGCAGCAGUGGCUGCAGGUGUGGAGGCCAGCUCCCACGGGACAGAGCUCCUGCUGGACACCUGCGUGUCCCUGAAGCUGUUGAAAGUGGAGACGAGGGCAGGAAAAGCUUUCUAUGAAAACACAGAGCUGUCCAGCGCCUACCUGACCAGGGUCAGCCCAACGUCACAAUGCAGCCUGCUGAAGUACCUGGGCAGGACCAGUUACGGGUGCUGGGGCCACCUGGCAGAUGCGUUUGCCAUCCGAGAGGGAAGAAACCAGCACCACAGGGUGUUGGGGAAGAAGGUGGAUGAUCUGUUCCAGGACGCGUACUACCGGAGCCCGGAGACGCAACUGCGGUUCAUGCAGGCCAUGCACGGCGUGGCGAAGCUGACUGCGCGCCAGGUGGCCACGGCCUUCGAUCUGUCCCGCUUCUCCUCCGCCUGCGACGUGGGAGGCUGCACAGGUGCACUGGCCCGAGAGCUGGCCCGCGAGUACCCUGGUCUCCAGGUGACGGUGUUUGACCUCCCGGACGUUGUCGAGCUGGCCGUCCACUUCCAGCCCGCCGGACCGCAGGCAGCGCAGAUCCACUUCGCAGCAGGUGACUUUUUCAGGGACCCCCUCCCCAGCGCUGAGCUGUAUGUCCUGUGCCGGAUCCUGCACGACUGGUCAGACGACAAAGUCCACAAGUUACUCAGCAAGGUCGCCGAGAGCUGCAAGCCAGGGGCCGGCCUGCUGCUGGUGGAGACGCUCCUGGAUGAGAAGAAGAGGGAGGCACAGGGCAGCCUGAUACAGUCGCUGAACAUGCUGGUGCAGACUGAGGGCAGGGAGCGGAGCAGAGGCGAGUACCAGUGCUUGCUGGAGCUACACGGCUUCCACCAGGUGCAGGUGGUGCACUUGGAGGGUGUCCUGGAUGCCAUGUUGGCCACCAGAGUGGCCCCCUGAAGCCCAGGCAGUGUGUUCAUUAUAGGGACGUCCUCCCCCAGGCUGCAGGUGGACCACCCGGUCCCCAAGUACCACAGGACAGUCACAUAGGAGCGAGCAGUCAUGGCUGAAUAAAGAAAGCAAAAGUCUG